UUCCGUCACUUUUGUAGCGAAUUUCACUUAGCCUAUUUCAUUACGUCCGGCAACUCCUCAAUUUACGCGUGGCCGUUGCUGUCAACUGCCUAUUUAUAAGAUUUACACAACAGAAAAUUCAUCCUGUUCAAAAUGUAUUCUCCGUUCUAUCAGCUCAGGAAACCCGUGGACCAACAAAACGCCAUUGAAAAUGUUCAGCAAUUUCCUGCUCAUCUCGUACCGGGUAGGACGAUUGCUGCUGCUGCAGUCAAUGAAGAUAGCUGCGAGUUUGGUUCCCCCAAAUAUUUUGCCCUCUGUGGAUUGGGCGGUGUUAUUUCAUGUGGUUUGACACACACAAUGGUUACUCCAUUAGAUUUGGUUAAAUGCCGUCUACAAGUGAACCCUGGAAAAUACAAGAACCUUCUCUAUGGUUUCAAAGUUACAAUGGCUGAUGAGGGUGCUAGAGGAUUAGCCAAAGGUUGGGCUCCAACAGCUAUUGGUUAUUCUAUUCAAGGUCUAGGUAAAUUCGGUUUGUACGAGUACUUCAAAAUUUUAUAUGCCGACUUGUUGGGAGAAGAAAAAGCAUAUUACUGGCGUACAUCUCUGUAUUUGGCUGCAUCUGCAUCUGCUGAACUCUUCGCUGAUGUCGGUCUUGUUCCUCUUGAGUCGAUCAAGGUCAAAAUUCAAACUACUCCUGGUUUUGCCAAUACCAUGCGUGAAGCUGUCCCUAAAAUGUUGCAACAAGAAGGUGUAUCUGCUUUCUUUAAGAGCUUAGUACCAUUGUGGAUGAGGCAAAUUCCUUAUACAAUGAUGAAGUUUUCAUGUUUUGAAAGAACAGUUGAAUUAAUUUAUGCUCAUGUUGUACCAAAGCCUAGGGCUGAUUGCACCAAAGGAGAACAAUUGAUUGUUACGUUUGCUGCAGGUUAUAUUGCUGGAGUUUUUUGUGCCGUUGUGUCCCAUCCAGCUGAUACAUUGGUGUCAAAAUUGAACCAAGAAAAGGGAGCAUCUUCUGUUGAUGUGCUAAAAAAAAUUGGUUUUGGAGGAUUAUGGAAGGGUUUAGGCCCAAGAAUUAUUAUGAUUGGUACCUUAACAGCUCUGCAAUGGUUCAUCUAUGACUUUGUUAAAGUCACUUUGAACAUUCCUCGACCCCUACCACCUGCACCACCCAAGGGAAAGAGUGAAUAAAUAAUUUAUAGUACAUUAAAUUAUUUAAUCAAUUCAGAACCGUCAGUCUUACUUAAAUAUAAACCAUGUGCACUUAUGAAUUGUUCAUUGAGGAGAGUAUUCAACGCUUUUUAGUUUUGUUUUACAUUUGUAGACGCUUCAAUCAUUCCGAUUUAACAAUACCUCAAUCACGUGUAUUUAUUAAAAUACAAAACUCUAGUGUGCUGUAUCAGUAUGUUAUAAAAUAUGUGUAUAAUGUUGUUCUUAAUAAAGUUACUUAUAUGUUCUGAGUUGUAGUAUAAAA